AUGAUAGUCGCACCUGCUGCCCUCCCUGCAGUGCCAGCCGCCGCUCCUGCAGCAGUGCCGACCAAACCAGCUGCCAAACCAGAUGAGUUGCCGGCCAAUCCGGCUGCCGAGCCUGCAAGCCUCCCAGCAGUGCCUGCCACCUUCCCUGCAGUGCCAGCAGUGGAGCCUGCAACGGUGCUGACCAAGCCUGCUGCCGAACCUGCCACCUUACCUGCAGUUCCAACUGCCGAGCCUGUAGGAUUGCCUGCCAAGCCUGCUGCCGAGCGUGCAAGAUUGCCUGCAGGUCCUGCUGCCUUCCCUGCAGUGCCGAUUGCCAAACCUGUAAGGUUGGCUGCCAAGCCAGCUGCCGAGCCUGCAAGGUUCCCUGCAGAUCCUGCCACCUUUCCUGCAGCGCCCACUGCUGAGCCUGCAGAGCUGCCCACCAAGCCUGCUCCCGAACCUGCUGCCUUCCCUGCAGUGCCUACCGCCGAUCCUGCAACACUACCCACCAAGCCUGCUGCCGAACCUGCAGCCUUCCCUGCAGAGCCUGCCACACUCCCCACUGCCCUCCCCGCACCAAAAACAGCUCCGGCAACAUCCGAAAUCAACCCAGCUGGAGCCACAUUGAGGUUUGGCGAGCCUCCAAAACUGGCUUGGCCGCCUGCCGAGCCUAUGUUGGCACCCGCAUCGGCGGUCGGAUUAGUCCAGGCAGUGAUGGGAGUGGAGAAGAGGGGGCCACUGUUGCAGGGGUUGCGAGGAAGGAUGGCUGGAGGAGAGGGCAACAGCGGGGCUAUACCUUGUGCUCUGAUCUUAUAG